AAGCAGCAGAUCUUGGACCAGGCGAUACCUGUAAGCCAGGUAGCUGCACUUAAGGAUUUGUUCAGUUAUGCCAGUUCUGGGGAGAAGAGGCAAUGUGCAGUGUAUAGCAGAGGGCAGCAACAGGCAGCAACUGGCAUUCCCCAGCAGCCAGUUUGCCAGCUUGAUGUAACAGGUAUAUGUAUUCACAUAUGUCAAUAUGUACUCACAUGAGUGCAUGCUGUGGGUAAAGCAGCUCACUAAGUGAUGUCCUGAACCUUGAAGAGAAUAUUCUGUGCGCUGCCAGCUCCCAAUAGAAAUGCUAAUAGCUGCAGGCCAGUGUGUUUGUGCCAUCAUAUGUGAAGUGGCCCAAGUACAUGGGGAGGAUAGCAUCCACUGGCCAGGAGAGCUUUCAGAACACUUAGUUGGUUUUCAUCUCUCCCAGCAUGAACCCAUGCCCUGGGGAUGCCUGCGGCUCAUGGAGGGGCUCCGGCUGGAGACUCGGCCAUGCAGCAGAGGAGGACAGUAAGGCGCUGCGGUGGCCUCGGUGCCAGCACACCUCUUGGCCACCGCUGCGUGGAGGAGCUUAGAGCAGCAGUGGGAGACGGGGCUCAACUCGCCCACAAAACACUGCUACGCCUCGGGGCUGCGGCUGGUUUGGGAGUACUGGCUUUGAAAGCAGAUGACUACAAGGGGAAUCCCAGGUGCCGACGAGGGCGCUCGCAGCCGCCAGGAGCUCUGUCCUGGGUGGGUUCCAGCAACUUUUGCCGUUGUCCUACGGCACAACAAGAUGGCCGUCCAGCCGGGGCAGCCCCGAGGGGACGGCCGUGCGGAGCCUGGCCCGGGAUGCCCCGCCGGUACCGGCACGCUCUCAGCACAUUCUAUCUCAGCGGCAGCUCCCGAGGGUAGUGGAAAGGGCGGUCGGUCCCGUCAGGAGCAGAGCGCGGCUGCCGCUCCUCUCCCCGGGUCCGCCCCGUCCCCCGCGGCAGGCUGCCCGUCCCACCUGCCCCACCGCCGAACCCGAGAAGGGGUUAAAGCCCGUGGCGGGUGAUGUCAGUUCCUGCGCUCCUCUGGAGGGCUGGCUCUGAUAUUUGAGCCGGUCUCUCCCGCUCGAAGGAGAACGGCGAAGUGCUGAAUGGGACAGAAGUCGCGUCGGGCACCUGCCUGCACCCGACGGCGGCCCCGCCGCUGCCCUGUGCUCGAGCGAGGUGCAAGGAUUUUUAGAGCGUCACAGAAGGUAUCCCAGGUGUACAAAUAACUUCACAAUGGCUGAACUCACAGAGGAGAAUGGCAGCUGUAUGGACUGGCAAAAGCGAUGCCUUGCAUUGGAGUCCCAGCUCUUCAAAUUCCGCUUGCAGGCAAGCAAGAUCCGAGAGCUGUUAGCUGAGAAGAUGCAAGAAUUGGAACAGAGAGUGAUAGAAGCAGAGCAAAGAGCUGAGGAUGCAGAGAAACAGGUCAGAGUUAUGGGAGAGGAGAUAAAACUAGCUAACAUGAAGACUAGUGAAUCAAACAGCAUUCUGUACAGGAAAUAUCAAGAGCUGAUGGUUACAGUGCAAAGAAAGGAAGAUGUGAUUAGCAGACUGGAGACACAGUUAGCAAAACAGAAACAGCUGAGGACUGAGGAAGCCAAAAUCAUUCAAGAGAAAGCUGCCAAGAUUAAAGAGUGGGUAACAUUUAAGCUGAAAGAGCUUGAGCUAGAAAAUUACCACCUGAAAAACUGUAAUCAGAGGCUGACUGAGCAAAUUGAAGCCCUUCAGGACACAUUGCAAGACAUGACUGGCAUUCCUCCUUUGGAGUCUCUUUGGAGCUGUAAUUCUCUGAAGCCCAGAGCACCACAGGUCUCUUACCCUGAGAAGAUAGACCAGAAAUCUAGGCUCCUUGCACCUGCUUUCAGACAGGUGUGCCAGACAGGAUUGACCAAACGCAUCCUUUCGACAACAAACAUAGUCCUGGCCAGUGAUAACUUUACUGAGGAUGGAGAGGAUAAAUCUCUGCUUUCCCAGAACACACUGAAGCUCUUGACUGACCCAUCAAGCUGGAAUCUCUCCACAGAGAAAGACGCGUUCUCAGCCAUAAGCUCAGAACACAGGCUAGGGUGCUCUGAUCCCACAUCACUGGACCCUCCAGCUGAGCCUACAAAACUCCUAGGGGCUUUGACUUUCCAGUCAUCUUUAGAUAGUAACCAUAGCACUGUAAGCACCUUGAAACGAGUGACUUUGGACAGAGCCUGCUUCCCUGAUGAUUUGAAUGCCAGGUUCCACUCCCACUGUUUGGAUUCUUCUUUCUCAGGAGAAAUAAUGAGCAUCUUUGAGGGCCAUCUUCAGACUGCUGAGCCACCCCUAGUUGUGUCAGCAUCUGCCGUUACAGCAUGUUCCACCUGUCCAGAGAGAGAACAUGGACUCAGCACAAGUAUGACCUUUCCGAAAAUACGAACUCCCAGUACACCAAGAGACAGUAUCCAACUAGCCAAAAGACAUUAUAGUCAACCACAGUCAGGUACUAGUUCUUCCUGUCAUGUAAUGAGCUUCAAGGCUAGCACCUUCCAGCCCAUAAAAGAUUCCCCAGUCUGUCACAGGCCAGUGGAGGAGACAGACAUUGAUGAUGAUGCAGUGCUGGAGAAGAUGGAGACAGAAGGUGGCCUGGUGAUGGAAGAAGCUGGAAUGUGUGAGAUUAACCACUUACCUACAGAACAGAGAGAAGUUGUGAGUUCUAAGGCUGGCGUCCUUGAACCAGGAGGUAAACCUCCCACACCACCUCUGCACAGAUUUCCUUCCUGGGAGAGCCGAAUCUAUGCUGUGGCCAAGUCUGGCAUGAGGAUGUCUGAUGUGGCCACUGUGAAUAACACUCCCAGCUGCUUUUCAAAUUUCUCAUAUUCAGCUUCUGGGCCAUUUACCUGUCUCAUCUACAGAAACAUCACAGUUCCAGUCUACACUACAUUGAAGGGGAAAGCCACACAGAUCAGCAACGUGCCUUUCUUAGAUGAGUCUUCAGGCUCUGAUGAUGAUUGUGGCUCCCAUGCCAGCUUCAGGAAUUCUGCUGCUGGAUCCGAAAACAGGAAAGCUAGUGUGCCAGGCAGCCCUCGUGCAACAAAAAGAGGUGUUUCUAUGUCCUCAGUGAGCUCUGAAAGUGACUAUGCUGUCCCUCCUGAUGCCUACUCCUUGGAUGGUGACUACUCAGAGCCAGAACAUAAGCUACAACGGACAUCAUCCUAUUCCACUGAUGGUGGAAUUUGCACUGAACCCAUUGAGAAAUCAGGUUACUUGCUGAAAAUGGGCAGCCAGGUGAAGAUGUGGAAGAGACGAUGGUUUGUACUAAGAAACAGACAAAUCAUGUACUAUAAGUCUCCGAGUGAUGUUAUCCGCAAACCACAAGGGCAGAUGGAGCUAAAUUCCUCAUGCCAAAUAGUCAGAGGUGAAGGGUCCCAAACAUUCCAGCUCAUGACAGAGAAAAGAACCUACUUCCUGACAGCAGACUCUCCCAACAUCCUGGAGGAAUGGAUUCAUGUCCUACAGAGUAUUCUUAGAGUGCAAGUGACCAGUCCAGUUGGAGUUCCUCACAGUGAUGCUAAACCUACUGCGAAAGGUUGGCUCACUAAGGUCAAGCAUGGUCACUCUAAGCUGGUCUGGUGUGCACUGAUUGGAAGAACUUUUUACUACUACCGAAAUCAUGAGGAUAAGUGUCCCUUAGGGCAUCUGCCUAUGCGUGAGUCCAAAGUGGAAGAAGUAGACCGUUCCUGUGACUCCGAUGAAGAUUAUGAAACCACUGGUGGAGGACUUCUCUCAUCCCACUGCACUUUGGUGAUUCACCCACAAGACCAGAGUCCCACAUACUUACUCAUUCGCACAAAACAGGAGAAGGAUACCUGGCUGUACCAUCUGACAGUAGCAGCUGGUAGCAGGAAUGCCACAGUGGGCACAUCAUAUGAGCAACUCAUUGGAAAACUGUUGGAUGCAGAGGGAGACCCUAAUUCUCCACUGUGGAAACACCCUAUGUUGUGCUACAGUAAAGAUGGGCUGCACAUGUCCCUCACCACUCUGCCAUCUGAGGCUCUGCAGACUGAAGCUCUGAAACUUUUCAAGUCCUGUCAGCUGUUCAUCAAUGUCCCUGUGGAAGCAUCCUCUAUUGAUUACCACGUGUCACUCGCCCAGACAGCACUACAGGUCUGCUUGACACAUACUGAGCUGCAGAAUGAAAUCUUCUGUCAGCUUGUUAAACAGACGAAUUGCAGACAGCCCCAGAACCACUCAGUCAUUCAGUGCUGGCAGCUCCUGGCUUUAUGUGCUCCUCUGUUCCUGCCCCAGCAUCACUUCCUUUGGUACGUCAAGCAGCACUUGCAGCGCCACGCAGACCCCAGGAGUGAAAUAGGCAAGUAUGCCAUCUACUGCCAGAGAUCAGUGGACCGCACUGUGCAGACUGGUGAACGGGAAGCCAAGCCCUCAAGAAUGGAGAUUGUGUCCAUCCUGCUGAGGAAUCCCUACCAUCACUCACUCCCUUUCAGCAUCCCAGUGCACUUUAUGAAUGGAACCUACCAGGUUGUAGGUUUUGAUGGCUCCUCAACUGUUGAUGAAUUCAUCCACCGGUUGAACCAGGAGACAGGAAUGCGGAAACCAUCCCACAUGGGAUUUUCUCUGUUCACGGAUGAUCCUUCUGGCAGGGAUUUGGAACACUGUCUGCAGGGCAACAUGAAGAUCUGUGACGUCAUUUCUAAAUGGGAACAAGCCUUAAAAGAAUUGCAUCCUGGUAAAUAUGAAGGUGGCACAAGAAUCGUGAAAUUGACCUAUAAGAACAGGCUGUAUUUUCGGAGCCAAGCCAAGGGUGAGACUGACCGGGAGCGGCUGCUGCUGGCCUUCCAAGUCAGCAAUGAAAUAGCCAGUGGAAGGUUUCCAGUUAAUAAAGAAUUAGCUCUGGAAAUGGUUGCUCUGAUGGCUCAGGUGGAAUAUGGGGAUUUGGAUCGGACAGCAUCUUCAAGUCCUGGGGGAACAUCACACUCCAAAAUGCAGCAUCUUCUCCAUCAGGUCUUGGAUAAAUUCUACCCCAAACACUACAAGAAAAAUAUUACUCCUGAACAACUCAAGCAACUGGCUGACAGGCUGGCAACAAAGUGGAUGGUGCUGCAGGGAUGCUCUCCACCGGAAUGCAUUCGAAUUUAUUUGACAGUGGCCCGCAAAUGGCCUCUCUUUGGAACCAAACUAUUUGCUGCUAAGCCUAUUUCGCCUUCCUCAUUAGAAGACUGUCCAGUCUGGAUAGCUGUGAAUGAAGAUGGUAUCAGCGUACUGGAUUAUAACACUAUGCACCUGAAAUUCUCUUAUUCAUACUCUUCUGUGUUGACCUUUGGAGGCUGUCGAGAUGACUUCAUGAUUGUAGUCAGUCAAAUAAAAGAAAGGAGUUCUGGAAAAAACAGCACAGAAAAACUCCUUUUCACAAUGGCAAUUCCAAAGAUUGUUGAAGCAACACUCCUUAUUGCCACCUAUAUUAACUCCCGGUUGACAACUCCGCUCCUACCCUCCACACAGCCCUCUCGAAGCACAGCGCCUGCCAACAGGCUCUGGGAGACUGACAGUCCGUGUUUUUUCCCUUCCACACCCCGAAGCACUAAGGGGCCCACCCUGCUCUGAGGGCUCAUUCCAAUUUGGGAAUUUUUUAUUUGUGGGGUUGCAGUUUGCUAUUGCUUUCCCCACCGCUCUGUACCAAAUUGCAGACUGCUACAAUUUUGCCAGUUAAACACCUUGUUUUAAUGCAGGUUCCUUUUGCUGCAAGUAUUCUUCCAUUUCCCAAGCUCACAACUUUGUUUACAAGCACAAGUUUUCUUUAAUCCUUCCCAUUUUCAGCUUUGCACCUGCGUUUAAAUCACUGCACUGCACCCUAUGUCUGGAACCUCAGCCCAGUUCUUGAACUCCUAGUGAUCUCUUGUCCUCAUCAGGCCCGUUUGAUUAUUCCCAUUAUUUCCAAUAAUCUUCUGUUUACAUCAAUCACUGACUCGCUCACUCUUUACCUGAAACAGACUGCACCUCUGCAAGGUAGAUUUGAGUGGUGCAUAAGCUUGAAUUUGACAGAAGUGGACUGAGCACACAGUCUCAAUAAAAUUAAAGACAGGUGGUUCUGGAUACUGCGCCACAAGCCAAGUAUAAGGAUGCAUCCUGCUGAAUAAUGCCUGCAUAAGGAGUAGCAUAUCACUUCCUCACAAACUAGAUAGACACUGACAGGCUAUUACCAGAGCGUAAAGAUUAAUAUGAUGUAGUUUGAUCAGGUAGUUUAGACAUAGCUUCAGCUCUGUGCUCUGGUUAAGAAUAGCCAUUGUAUUAAAGUUUUGACCUGGGUUUAAAUUCACUGCUGCUACUCUUGCUAUCAAGAUAGUCCUUUUGAAGAGAUUAAGAUAGUUUUUUGUAUUUUUGCCACUGAUUAACACAAAAAAGAUAAUUUAUUUUUUCCUAAAGCUGCACUGAUUCCUCCCAAAACUGAUUCCAAAGUUCAAAGACAGAAACUUUCCAAGUCUCUGCCCCAGACAUGAAAGAAAGAGAGAUGAAGCUGUUGAAAGGGAAUGGGAACUGAACUGACAAGAAGACUUCUGAUGCCAUGUCAGGGAUGAUUUUUAAGACCUGGAAUAGGGAGUAUAGAAUAAGAACUCAGCAGUACAGGAGAAUCUUUUCAACUUUAAUUUUACAAAGGUUAAGACCUGAUGUCCUUCCAUUUUGAGGACUCAGAACAGCUGGAAUUGGACCAGUGUCAGACAAUGCCCUGGCUCCUGCAGAAUGGACGGCUUUUGCCACUUGAUGCUGCUCUAUACAGCUGACGAACACUGGACCUCUGCUGCAGGGCUGAAAGUGUCACAUACCCCACCACCACAUACAUUCAGACUUUUUCCAUUAAUCACUGUUACAGAUGUUUCAUGAUGUGCAUGUGACCUCAGACAAAGGAAGACAAGGCAAGCAAAUCUUUCAAUUGUUAUGUCUUUCAGCAACUGGAACAGACCUUCCCAAAGCAGCUCUGUCCUUCACAGAAGCUGUUCCUUUAGAUCUCCUGCUUUCUUCAUGCUACUGGCUCAAUGAGGAGAUUGUUAGCAAACAUAUAUUCAAAUACUGUUCUUCAGAUUUUCCUUAAGAGUGUUUUUUUUGAUUGGUUUCAAAGGGACUUUGUUCUGAUUGGGAAGCAAAAUUAAACAAAUAAUA